UGUCUGGGAGCUGUCAGCUGGACUUGGGCUUUGUGUGUCAUAGUCAUAGAUCUGCAGUCGGGGCAGAGAGGAAAUCAGGGAUGAGCUGCCCGGGCGUCCUGUGGCAUGUUUACGACAUUCUGCUGACCCGGAAUGAUGUAGGAUACCCACACGUUUUACUGGAUUACGUAGUUUCUUUUCUGCUCUAGUACCAGCGUUUUUCCGAGUGACAAGGGCCCUAUAUUUCUUGAAUUGCUGUUAUUCAGUGUUAAGUCCCUGCCCUAGCGUAGACAACCUUGUUUUUCUUUCAUAUAUUUAUUGGGUGGUUCAUAACCUACAGACGGUGAUGAUUUUACAUGAGCCAGGGGCUGGUCAGUAGCAGUAUUCUACAGGAGGAUGAAUGCAGAGGAAUCGGAGUUGCUAAGUGACUCCAAGUACAGGAACUAUGUAGCCGCCGUGGACAAAGCCCUUAAAAGCUUUGAGUAUUCAAGCGAAUGGGCAGAUCUGAUAUCUGCGCUGGGGAAGCUUAAUAAGGUUUUGCAGAACAAUGCUAAGUACCAGGUUGUGCCCAAAAAACUAACAAUUGGGAAACGCCUUGCACAAUGCCUUCACCCAGCACUGCCCAGUGGAGUCCAUCGCAAAGCCCUGGAGACCUACGAAAUUAUCUUCAAGAUUAUUGGGCCGAAAAGGCUGGCCAAAGACCUCUUCUUAUAUAGCUCUGGACUGUUCCCUCUUCUUACCAAUGCGGCCAUGUCUGUCAAGCCUGCUCUCCUUGGCCUUUAUGAGACCUACUAUCUGCCACUGGGCAAAACUCUCAAACCAGGACUGCAGGGGCUGCUGACUGGAGUGCUGCCAGGAUUGGAGGAAGGGUCAGAGUACUACGACAGAACGAACACCUUGCUGGAGAAGGUUGCCGCAGCCGUGGAGCAGUCGGCCUUCUACAGCGCGCUAUGGGGCAGCAUCCUGACCAGCCCCGCGGUCCGGCUGCCAGGCAUCACAUUCGUGCUUUUACAUCUCAACCGCAAGCUGUCCAUGGAAGACCAACUUUAUAUCAUCGGCAGCGACAUUGAGCUCAUGGUUGAAGCCGUGAGCACCUCUGUUCAAGAUUCAAGUGUGCUUGUACAGAGGAGCACCUUGGACCUCAUACUGUUCUGUUUCCCAUUCCACAUGAGUCAGGCGACUCGUCCAGACAUGAUCCGGAUCUUGUCAGCAGCUCUACACGUUGUUCUGCGCAGAGACAUGUCCCUGAACCGCAGGCUAUAUGCAUGGCUCCUUGGCUUUGACAACAAUGGCAUGAAAACAGGCCCUAGGAGCACGAGGCACAGCAAUCCCGAAGAGCAUGCCACCUACUACUUCAAUACCUUCUCCAAGGACAUGUUAGUUCAGGCAAUGGUGGGGAUCCUACAAGGAAAAGCAAUUGGGGGUGAAGAGGAGAGCGUACUUAUGCACGACCUAAAACCUUUCCGAAUCUUGAUAAGUCUUCUGGAUAAACCUGAACUAGGGCCUGCAAUUUUGGAAGAUGUUCUAAUUGAAGUGUUCAGGACACUGCAUUCACAAUGCAAAGCUGAGCUUGACCUGCAAACACAGCUGCCAUUUAGUAAGGACCACUCACAGUUAAGCAGCAAACUGAGGGAGAAUAAGAAAACAGCAGAACUAAUAAAAACUGCAAACCUCCUCUUCAACUCCUUUGAGCCAUAUUACAUGUGGGACUACAUAGCCCGCUGGUUUGAGGAGUGCUGCAGGAGGACUCUCAAUGCAAGACUGAAGGCUGGACAUCAAGGGGGCUUCGAGCCAUCAGACCUCUCAGUGGUGGAGUUCUGUCAGCUGGUGGACUUCCUGUUGGAUAUAGUGUCAUUGCCUACUAGAAGUAUGAGAGUGAUCUGUCAGGAAACGUACAUUGAGAUCCAGACGGAGCACCUGCCUCAGCUGCUGCUGCGGAUGGUGUCUGCCCUGACGAGCCACCUCCAGGCCCUGGGGCUGUCCGAGCUGACGGACGGCCUGCGGCUCUGCUCCAAGAUCCUCAGCAAGGUGCAGCCGCCCUUGGUGUCCCCCGGAGCCGAGGGCAGUUUGCCGCUCCCGGCGGGGCAAACCUGUUCUGCGAGGGAGGUGGAAGAAAAGAAACUCUUCCCAGUGGUGUCGGAGUGCCCGGACGUGUUUGAGGACAGCGAGAACCCCCCCAGCAGCCGCUCCUCCGAGAGCGGCUUCACCGAGUUUGUGCAGUAUCAGGCCGACAGGAGCGAGGACCUGGACCGGGCUGGGGGGGACAGCCAGGGGCCGCACAGCUCUCUGCCAGCUGGCAGUACCUCCUCCGAGACCGAAACCGCCUCCACGGUGGGCUCGGAGGACACCGUUGUUCACUCUUCUCCCACCGGGGGGCGUGCCUCGUCGGCCCUCGCCGGGAAAGCCAAGCAGAAGACAGUGAUGCAGUGCUGCUUGGAGUACUUCCAGCAGUUUCUCACCCGGCUCGUCGCCCUGUAUAUCACCCCCGGCGCUGCCGGCGUGUCCGCCAUCACGAGCGAGCUCUGCAGCGAGCUGAAGGGACAUCAGGCCUCCAGAGGGAAAACAGCGCAAGCAGGAGACGCUGGCUUAAAGAGCACGGCCAGCUCUCAGUGUCUGGGGGCCUUCACAGCGGCCUGCCAGCUCUUCCUGGAGUGCUCCAGCUUCCCCAUCUACAUCGCAGAGGGCAACUUGAAGUCGUCUCCCCAGACAGAGGAGGUUCAGCCAGACUAUGAACAGGUGAAGCCUCCUGUUUGGCUCCAGACCCUCAUGGACGCCUGCUGCUUUGCUAACGAGUUCAGUAUCCAGGCUGUCGCCAUCUCUCUGGUGAUGGACUUGGUGGGUCUCACACAGUCAGUCGCCAUGGUAACGGGGGAAAAUGUCGGCAGUCUGGAGGCACCCCAGCCAAUGAGCCCGAGCCAGGGGAGGGUGGCCGUCGUCAUCAGGCCCCCACUUACUCAAGGAAUCCUCAGAUUCAUUGCUGAAAAAACGGACUUUUUUAAGCAUGUUGCACUGACACUGUGGGACCAGCUGGGCGAAGGAACACCCCAGUAUCAUCAGAGGAGUGUGGAGCUCUUCUAUCAGCUGCACAAUCUGGUCCCCUCUUCCAGCAUCUGUGAGGAUGUCAUCAGUCAGCAGCUGAUGCACAGGGACAAAAAAAUCCGACUAGAAGCUCAUGUGAAGUUCUCAGUACUUUGGCACCUGACAAGGGAUCUUAACAUUACAAAGUCUUCCCCUUUUAAUCGCACGUUUGACAGGUCUCUGUUCAUCAUGCUCGACAGCCUGAGUAGCUGGGACGGCUCCACCUGCUGCGUGGGCCAGGCGUGGCUCAGCCAGGUGCUUCAGAGGCAUGACAUCGCCAGGGUGCUGGAGCCCCUGCUGCUGCUCCUGCUCCAUCCAAAAACCCACCGGGUGUCCGUGCAGCGCGUCCAGGCCGAGCGCCACUGGGUCCGGGCCAGGGCGCCUGCUGAGGAAGAAGGCAAUGGCUUCAGCUACGCGAGAGACCCUGGAACCGCCGACAAUUUCAGCCAGAUGCCAGUUAAAACCAUGAAUGCUGUAAGGGAGAGCCAUGGGAGAGCACUAACCCUGGAGGAGAUAGAGCACUUCAGUCUCACAGUCAAUCCCCUGAGCGACAGCCUGUCCCUGCUCAGCACAAGCAGCGAGAAUCUUCACCUGGCAGCAGCGGAGUUCGACUUGCCUGACCAACAGACCGAGAUGCUCCAUAGCUCUGAUUCAGGGGGCUCCCACUCCUCCACCGCGGACAACACCAGCUUCGAGGAGCUCGACAGCACCAACACAACAGGAACUCAGGAUAACGCCCCUGCUUCUGCGACGGAGGACUCUGUAGAAGUCGUGGUGCCGCAGGUUUUGUUUGAAUUGGUUGACAGAGUGGCUAAGAUCAUUGAGAACGAUACCGACGCAGCUGAAGCGUGGCAUGAGUCUGACUCUGACAGCUCUAUCUCACAAACGUCUGCUGGGCCACACAUGUUGGAUACUUGUAAUGAUAUGAUGCCCAACAAAAAUGCUGCCAGCAAAGAGAAAGUACUUGAGUCUGAAACAAAUGGAGCUCCUGGGUAUCUUUCUGUCACGUCUGACACAGGAGAAGAAGAGCAGCCCCGUGACAAUAUCACCAGACACAGCUCUUCCCCAUCCAUUGUCACAAUUCCGGACGCAACUUCUGAGCCCACCCUCCAGGCUGAAGACCAGUCCCGCAAGAGAAGCCAGAGUAGCAUCCAGCUCAGCCUUAAGGGAAAGAUCAUGGAAAAGCUGGUGGACAAAUCUCCAGGUGCUAAGCCUAAAGUAAAGAGCAACAAAAAGAAAGAGGAAGACAAGAAGAAAAUUCAAGCCGAGAAGGCAAAACAGCCCAACAUCUUCUUCGGGGAUAGCUUGGACCUGGAGAACUGGUACAGCUGCGGGGAGGGAGAGGUGUCAGAGAUUGAGAGUGACGUGGGCUCUCCUGGACUGCGCAGGGCUACCUCACCACCCAGGUUCCACAUCCACCCGCUCUACCAGCAUGUCCUUCUGUACCUCCAGCUGUAUGACUCCUCCCGCACUCUGCACGCGCUGUCCGCCCUCAUUGCUAUGCUGAAGGCCAGUCCCACUGCCUUCGUCAGUGCCAUCUCCACCACUAGCAUCAAUAAUACUUACACCCCGCAGCUGUCCCUCUUGCAAAACCUCUUGGCCCGCCACCGCAUCUCCGUCAUGGGAAAGGACUUCUACUGCCACAUCCCUGUGGACUCGCACAGCCACUCCUUCCGCAGCUCCAUGUUCAUUGAGAUCAUUAUCUCCCUCUGCCUCUACUUCCUGCGCAGCUAUUACUCCACUCAUGUGCUGGCCUCACAGCAGGACCUCUCGGGCAACCGCAACAUGCAGAUCAUUAGCGUCGAGGUGUUGAUGCUGCUGUUCACCGAGCUCGCCAAGGUCACCGAGGGUUCAGCCAAGGGCUUUGCCAGCUUCAUCUCGGACAUGCUGUCGAAGUGCAAAGUGCAAAAAGUCAUCCUCCACUGCCUCCUGUCCUCCAUCUUCAGUGCCCAGAAGUGGCACGGCGAGAGAGUCGCGGGCAGGAACAUGCCUGCUGUCGAGGAAGGCCUGUCCGAGGACAGCAUCAUCAACUUCUCGGAGGAUGAGAUAGACAACUGCAGCACAGUGCAGUCUCAGCUGCUCCGGCUCCUGCAGAGCCUCAUUAUUCUGGAGCACAGGGUGAUGGUUCAGCCCGAGGAUGUUGAAGGUGGCUAUGAGUUCAUCAGCACAGACGUGGAGCACAUCAACCCCCAGCAGCCCAUGACUUCCCUUCAGUAUCUCCACUCCCAGCCCAUUACGUCACAGGGGAUGUUCCUCUGUGCUGUGAUCAGGGCGCUGCACCAGCACUACACCUGCAAAAUGCACCCGCAGUGGAUCAGUCUGAUAACUGCUACGUUGCCCUACAUGGGAAAAGUGCUGAGGAGGGUGGUGGCAUCUGUGACCCUGCAGCUGUGUCGUAACCUGGAUCACUUAAUCCACCAGUACAGAUAUGAGACCGGAUUAUCAGAAAGCAGACCACAGUGGAUGGCGUCUUGCAUUCCUCCAGACAUGAUUCUUACUCUUUUAGAGGGAAUAACAACUAUUAUUCACUACUGCCUCCUAGACCCAUCUUCUCAGUACCAUCUGCUGUUGGUAAACGUGGACCAGAAGCACCUGAGUGAGGCUCGGACAGGGAUCCUGUCCAUCCUUCACACCAUCAUGUCCUCUGUGACUCUCCUCUGGAGUGUCCUGUUUCUGGCUGACAACUCAGAGCGCCCUCCAGUGGCCUCAGCAUCCGCCACCACCACCAUCAAUCUCGGCUCCACUAAGAACCUGAGGCAGCAGAUUCUGGAGCUGCUGGGUCCCAUCUCCAUGAAUCAUGGGGCUCACUUCAUGGCUGCCAUUGCUUAUGUGUGGAACGAGAGAAAGCAAGGCAAAAAUGCUUCCCGGAACAAAGUCAUUCCCACAGCUAGUGAAGAACAGCUCCUCCUUGUGGAGCUUGUGCGCUCCAUCAGCGCCAUGAGGACAGAGACUGUGAUGCAGACCGUGAAGGAGGUUUUGAAGCAGCCACCAGCUAUAGCCAAGGACAAGAAACAUCUUUCCCUGGAAGUCUGCAUGUUGCAGUUUUUCUAUGCUUAUGUCCAAAGAGUCCCUGUGUCAAACCUUGUGGACAGCUGGCCAUCACUGCUGUCUUUACUCAAGGACUCUGUGCAGCUUGGACUCCCAUCCCCAGGACAGUUCUUGAUCCUCGGAAUUCUCAACGAGUUUAUCUUGAAGAACCCCAACUUUGAAAAUAAGAAGGACCAGCGCGAGCUGCAGGAUGUCACGCACAAAAUUGUGGAGGCUAUCGGAACGGUUGCUGGCUCCUCCCUGGAGCAGACUACCUGGCUGAGGAGGAAUCUGGAAGUGAAGGCUUCCCCACAGAUUGUAGUGGAUGGAGCCACCCUGGAACCAGAUGUGGAAGAGCUGAUGCUGACAGUGAUGGAAGCCUCCAGUUUCACUCCCUCCGUGUACAGUGUGCAUGCACUGACCUUGCUGGCUGAGGUGCUGGCUCACCUGCUGGACAUGGUGUUUUACAGUGAUGAGAAAGAGAGGGUCAUUCCUCUCCUGGUCAACAUUAUGCACUAUGUAGUGCCUUACCUCCGCAACCACAGUGCUCAUAAUGCCCCGAGCUAUCGCGCAUGUGUACAGCUCCUGAGCAGUCUGAGCGGCUAUCAGUACACCCGACGAGCUUGGAAAAAGGAGGCCUUUGAUCUCUUCAUGGACCACACAUUCUUCCAGAUGGACUCCUCUUGCGUCAGCCACUGGCGAGCCAUUAUGGAUCACUUGAUGACGCAUGACAAAACUACAUUCCGAGACUUGAUGACACGGGUAGCAGUGGCGCAGAGCAGCUCCCUCAACCUGUUUACGAACCGAGACGCCGAGCUGGAGCAGAGAGCCAUGCUGCUCAAGAGACUUGCCUUCACCAUCUUCAGCAGCGAGGUGGACCAGUACCAGAAGUACCUCCCAGACAUCCAGGAACGCCUAGUGGAGAGUCUCCGACUCCCCCAAGUCCCGACUCUCCAUGCGCAGGUCUUCCUGUUUUUUCGGGUGCUGCUCUUGCGAAUGUCUCCUCAACACCUGACCUCCCUCUGGCCCACGAUGAUCACAGAGCUGGUUCAAGUGUUUUUACUUAUGGAGCAGGAGCUCACAGCUGAUGAAGAUAUUUCAAGAACAUCUGGCCCCUCCGUGGCAGGCUUGGAGACCACAUACACAGGGGGUAAUGGAUUCUCCACCUCCUACAACAGCCAGCGCUGGCUCAAUCUCUACCUCUCUGCCUGCAAAUUCCUUGACUUGGCCCUGGCGCUGCCUUCUGAAAGCCUGCCUCAGUUCCAGAUGUAUCGGUGGGCAUUCAUUCCCGAAGCAUCAGAUGAUUCUGGUUUGGAGGUUCGCAGGCAAGGGACUCACCAAAGGGAAUUCAAACCUUAUGUGGUUCGACUGGCAAAACUUCUAAGGAAGAGAGCGAAGAAAAACCCAGAGGAGGACAGCUCAGGGAGAACUAUCGCCUGGGAGCCAGGCCACCUCCUGCUGACGCUGUACACCAUCCGCAGCAUGGAGCAGCUGCUGCCCUUCUUCAACGUGCUCAGCCAGGUGUUCAACAGCAAGGUGACGAGCCGCUCUGCAGGCCACUCAGGGAGCCCCGUCCUCAACACCGCCUCCUUCCCCGGCAAGGACAUGAAACUGGAGAGUCAGAAGGUGUUCUGGAGCAAGGCCCGGCAGGACAUAGAGGAGAUGGUGGAGAAGGACUUCCUGGAAGGGGUGAUCAAAACGUGACUGAACAAAAACCCCAGCCCCGAACGUGGGAACAAAAACUGAAGUGUAAAUUUCAUUUUGUAUUUAUGAUGAAUGCAUUUAAAUAAUUUUAUUUGUAUAUAUUGAACGACUGUGAAAGCUGACUCAAUUUGUAAGUAUGGCUGACUGUGGUUUUUGGUUUAUUCCAUCUAUGGUCAGAGUGUAAAUGAUUGUACCAUUCCCUAUUGUUGUGACUUACUAAAUAAACAAUUGUGAAAUAAAAACA